GCGCUCGAUAACAGCGACGCUCGAUUGUUUUGGGCUGCUAAAAAUGGUUGCGAAGUGUCAACCAUAGCAAUUCUCUGUCGUUAUUUUUUAAUAACACUAAUAAAAUUAAUAAUUCUUUUCUGCAAUGGGAUUAUCGCAGAGCUCAGAAGCCCCCGAGGGAGGGACGUACGGAUACCAUGUCCACGGCAUUCAGCCUAAUUCUCCUGCAGAAAAGGCCGGACUGCAGCCCUUCUUUGACUUCAUUCUGUCUCUAGACAACCAAAGACUCAGUGAGGAAAAUGAGCAGCUGAAGGAGCUCCUGAAAGCCAACAUGGAGAGAGCUGUGAGGAUGGAGGUGUACAGCACCAAAACCACCGGGGUCCGAGAGCUGGAGGUGGUGCCCAGUAACAUGUGGGGGGGACAGGGCCUGCUGGGCGCCAGUGUUCGCUUCUGCAGCUACCAAGGAGCCAAUGAGAACGUCUGGCACGUACUGGACGUAGAAGCCGGUUCACCAGCGGCACUGGCAGGUCUUCAGUCAUACAGUGACUACAUUGUCGGGGCAGAUCAGGUGUUACAAGACUUGGAGGACUUCUUCUCGCUGAUCGAAGCCCAUGAAGGGAAACCCUUGAAGCUGCUGGUGUAUAACACACGAACAGACAACUGCAGAGAUGUGAUGGUCACACCUAAUGGAGCGUGGGGAGGAGAGGGCAGCUUGGGUUGUGGCAUCGGUUAUGGCUACCUGCACCGCAUUCCUGCGACUCCAGAAAUGUCGACAGAGAAGCCCUCCAUCCCAGUGGCAGAAGAGAAAUCCUCUCCACAGGAGCCAACGCAUGGGUACACAGAGGCGCCUCUUAUGGCCCCUUCAACCCCCAGUGGAGAUUUAUUAGAUGUGGAGCAGAUCACCCUCCUAGACUCUGUGAUACCGCCGCCACCAGAUCAGACGGUGAUGGACUCUGGUUUAUCUGAUUUGGAGGUGGCAGUGAUGAGCCCUGACCCUGCAGAUCUUUUGGACAGGCUGGACGUGUCCACGUCGUCCAUCGACAUGACCAACACUUCCCUGGCGAUGCACGAGGAGAAGGAGGGCGACAUAUCUGGUGUUGAGGAGCUGGAGGACAGUGCUCUGCCCUCAUCAUCUGCAGAGAACCAGAGUGAACUACUGGAGCAGGUCUCCCAUGCAGCUGUGGAGCUCCACGCUUCUCUCGCCGCUCCUGACACUUGGUUUGACUCCGGAGUAGCUCCAGCUGAAACGUCUCCUCCACGCACCGAGUCCGCAGACCUUCAGAGCUCCGUCAUGGGAACCAGCGGCACCCCGAGUCCACCUCUGGGUGUGCGAUCCCUUCCUGUGGAGACUCUUCAGCAUUUCGCUGAAGAGUCUCCAUGCCCAUCUCCAGUAGACCCGAUCGCGACCGCGGCUGCUAAUGAGGCGGACUUUCAAGUCUUAGGCGAUGUGAAGGCGUCGGCGUCUGAGUCAGCAGAGCCUGUAGAUCAUCAGAGUGGUGGGGGAGAACCAGAAAAAACACAUUUUGAUUAAAUUUUCCUUUGGUCAUAUAGAGGCAACGCUAAUG